AUGUCAGCUCUUUUGUUCGACACCAGUGAGUGCAGGAACCAGCGCGAGAACCAAGGAGAUGCCUGUUGCGAGAACAGACCCUGUGCCAACAUCACGGUGAUGGGCGACAAAGGCAGCGGGAAAUCGUCGCUGAUACUGCGGUGGGUGUGCAAGUAUUUCGACCCGUCCGUGGACCAUGUGGACGAGCUGCACGAGCGAUCCGUGUGCUACUCGGCGCUGGUGGGCAGCGACUCGCCGCGCCAAUACGACGCGUUACAACUGGAGCUCAAGUGCAACAUGGGGGGUCCGGAGGAGCGCAAGUCACACGCGACGAUGAAGGUCCAGGUGCUCGACGGGCCCAAUCUCGAAGUCAUCGACUACUCGGAGCUGAGCAAUUUGCAGACCAUGCAGACGGACGGGUUCGUGGUGUGUUUUGAAUCGACGAACCCGGAGUCGCUCGAGAGCGUACCUGCUUAUGUCAGCCACAUCUGGCAACUCCGUGGAGAAGGCGUGCCUAUUGUGCUUUGCGCGACGAAAACGGACCUGGUGUCGCAGCGCAGUGUCACCGAGAGUGCGGUCGCCAUGGUAUGCGACGAGCUGGGUCUGGACUACGAGCAUUCCUAUUUCGAGACCUCUGCGCUUGAAAAUCACGGCAUCAAGCAGGCCUUCUACCGCUUGCUGGUGCAAAUCGAUGAGCAAAAACGCGCAGCCCUUGAGGCUAAGCAAGCUGUCGCCCCGUCUGCUGCGUCUGCUGCCUCUGUGGAAGAAGCGGCCGAGAGUCCUGCGGAUACCUCAGCUACUGAACCACCCGCACCGUGUCCGACUCCUGCAGCCGCCGAAAACGUCCUUUUGGACUCGCCCAGCCUUACCGCGACGGAGCAAAACUCAGCUUUUAUUUCAUACCACGACAGUUGUUCCGAAGAAAACACAACGGAACAGAAAUGCACCGCCAAGACCAGCGAACUGGGUCCUCGAGGAGUUGCUCCGGAUGGCCACACGCCGCCAGAUUCGCCCGAGCAGUCGGUCACAAAUAACAGUGCUCGUCGACACCUCACUCGGAAAAAGAAUAAGACCGCCCGUGAGCGGCCCAGGAGCCAACGCGCGAAAAACAACACUUGCUGUGUGAUUUGCUAG